UUUCUUCCCUUUCUUUAUUCUAGGCUUUAGAGCAGCUCUAACUUCCUCUCUCAAAAUCGGCCCCUAAAAUAUUUUCUCUUCCUUAUUCUCCAAAUCCCUAAAAAAAACCCCCAAAACCCUAAAACCUAAAACAAGGCUAAAAUCGGAAGCUUGUUUCAUUAGAUUUGGAGGAAUAAAAGAAAAUAGUAGAAGGGGGAAUGGAUUCAGAUCAGGGGAAGCUGUUUAUUGGAGGGAUAUCAUGGGAAACAAGUGAGGAUAGGCUAAAGGAGUACUUUGGCCAGUACGGCGACAUCUUGCAGACUGUUGUUAUGAGAGAUAAGGUCACGGGGAGACCUCGUGGCUUUGGAUUUGUUGUCUUCUCAGAUCCGUCCGUCAUCGAUACUGUUCUUCAAGAAAAGCAUACCAUUGAUGGUAGAACGGUUGAGGCAAAGAGGGCAUUAUCUAGAGAGGAGCAGCAAACUUCCGCUAGAUCUGGUAAUUUUAAUCAGGGUAGAAAUUCUGGAGGUGGUGGAAAUAUCAGAACCAAGAAGAUUUUUGUUGGAGGGUUGCCUCCGACUUUAACUGAAGAUGGAUUUCGCCAAUACUUUGAGGCUUAUGGUCAUGUAACUGAUGUAGUAAUCAUGUAUGACCAGAAUACCCAGAGGCCUCGUGGGUUUGGUUUUAUCUCCUUCGACAGUGAAGAGGCGGUUGAUAGGGUUUUGCACAAGAGUUUUCAUGAUUUGAAUGGCAAACAAGUUGAAGUGAAACCGGCCCUUCCUAAAGAUGCCAAUCCUGGUGGGGCUAGCCGGUCUAUGGGUGGUGGUGCCGGUGGUUUUGGAGGUUACCAGGGAUAUGGUUCUUCUGGUGGGAAUUCAAGUUCUUAUGAUGGUCGUAUGGACUCCAAUUACAUGCGUGCCCAGGGCACUGGAGCUGGCUUUCCACCUUAUGGUUCAUCAGGAUAUGCACCUGGUUAUGGUUAUGGUCCUGCUAGUAAUGGUGUUGGUUAUGGUAGUUAUGGCAAUUAUGGUGGUGCAGGUGCUGGUUAUGGUGCCCCUGCCGGUGCAGCUUAUGGGAAUCCCAAUGCUGGCUAUGCAAGUGGGCCUCCUGGUGCCCCUAGAAGUUCAUGGGGCACUCAAACUCCAUCUGGUUAUGGUGCUAUGGGUUAUGGGAAUGCUGCUCCUUGGGGUGCUGGUCCUGGUAGCGGUGGUCCAGGUUCUGCAGCUACUGGCCAAUCACCCACUGGAGCUACUGGGUACGGUGGUCAAGGUUAUGGAUAUGGGGGAUAUGGAGGUAAUGAUGGAUCUUAUGGGAACGCUGGUUAUGGGGCUGCUGGAGGUCGUUCUGGUGGUACUCCAAAUAGUAAUGCUAGUGCAGGUGGGGGAGAUAUGCAAGGGAGCGGUGGUGGUUACAUGGGAGGUGGAUAUGGUGAUGUAAAUGGAAGUUCAGGGUAUGGAAAUGCAUCAUGGAGGUCUGAUUCAUCCCAAGGUUCAGGAAAUUAUGGGGGUAGUCAGGCCAAUGGUCCUCAUGGUGGACAAGGUGGUUAUGGUGGUGGGUAUGGUGGUGCACAGGGCCGACAAGCUCAACAGCAGUGAUCCUAUCGCUUGAAUGACAACUUGAUCUCUACCUCUUCUGUGCAUAGCCUUCUCUUUGCUCUUGUAACUGUGAUGGUUCUUACUCCCAGCAGCAACAGGAGAGGCUCAAGUUGGAUGUCAAAUCCCCUUGGGAUCGGUUGGAUUGCUUGAAACCCUGUAGUUUGCAGUAUCUAUUUUGUUAGCCAUAAUAAGUAGUUUUGAGGCAUAAUAGAUGCCUUUAUUCGGUUGUGCUACUGAGUGUAGUUUUAUUUGGCGUGCUUUCUUUAUUUUUGUCUUGCUGCUCCAGUACCUUAUGUUUGGUAGUGUUUAAGUAAGCUUUAAUAGUUUAUAUAUCUUAAA